GGCGAUAUGCAUUCGAUUCAUCAGCUGAUUGUAUUCAGACAGAUUUCUACUUGCUAUUAUUGUUGUUUAUAAAAAAAUGACACUUGAUAUUGUUUAUACAAUUUAAGCAUCGAGUAAUACGUAAUCGUGUAAUACGAGGAUAUUUCAAGAUGGAGCCGCAGGAUAUUUAUUACAACAAAGCCGAAUACGUUGAAACGGCCUCCGGAAAUAAGGUGAGCAGGCUUACUGUGCUAUGCGGCUCGCAGAACAUUGUACUGCAUGGAAAGGUAAUAGUACAGUCCGAUGCUAUCAUUAGAGGCGAUCUGGCUAAUGUCAGGACAGGUCGCUAUUGUAUCAUUAGCAAGAAUGCUGUCAUUCGACCACCUUUCAAGAAAUUCAGCAGAGGGGUUGCCUUUUUCCCUCUAACAAUGGGAAAUCAUGUGUUUGUGGGAGAGCGGGCUGUUGUGAAUGCAGCACUGGUUGGUUCUUAUGUUUACAUUGGGAAGAAUGCUAUAAUUGGGAGGCGAUCAGUUCUAAAAGAUUGCUGCUACAUUGAGGAUGAUGCAGUUGUGCCACCUGAGACUAUCGUGCCAUCGUUCACUCGUUUUGCCGGCAGUCCGGCAACAUGUGUUGAAGAAUUGCCCGAGUGCACGUUGGAUCUCAUGGUAGAUUUUACGAAAAAUUAUUACGAGCAUUUCUUACCGGCGCGCGUUUAACGCUCGCAUAUUUAUAUAAGUAGCUUACAAUUUUGAAAUGCAUUAUGUUUUUGUAUUCUGCAUUCAAAAUGAAAUUAAUAUAUAAUCAAGUGUUAGAUACGCGCGAAAGGGAAAAAUUAAGAAAAA